GUGACAGUAAGUGAUGAGAAGCACGAAAGCCAAUUGAUUCACUACACCCUCUCUGGACAUGGGGUUGACAUGAAGAAGAGGUCCAGAAGUAAAUUUGAUAUCAACUCGACUUCGGGUGAGAUCUACGCUCUGCGACCACUGGAUCGAGACCUGCCGUCAGGUCGACCCCAAUGGACGUUAGCUGUGUUUGCGGAGGACGAGCGCACCCGUGGUCUCGUAGGCUAUGCCGAUGUGAUUGUUAAUCUCAAAGACAUUAACGACAAUUCACCCUAUUUUGCGUUCACACACUACACGGCAAAUAUUACUGAAAACGCAACGGUCGGCCACUAUGUGACUACAUUGACGGCCAUCGAUGUGGACGACCCUAAUGAGGGCGGAAACGCCAAAAUCACGUAUACUAUAGAAGACAAUAAAGUGAACGAUAGGGGAGACCUUAUAUUCUCAAUCGACGCCCAAUCGGGAGUUAUUAGGACUGCUGUUUGCUGUCUCGAUAGGGAAACUCAUUCCGAGUACACCAUUAAAGUAGUCGCCACUGAUGGUGAUGGACUUAAGUCGGCCACAAGUGUCACCAUAACAGUGACUGAUGUGAACGAUAUGCCCCCGAAGUUCAGCAAAAAAGAUUGGUUCGUAGAGAUUGAUGAAAUGGAUGUGCGGAACAACACCGAAGACUUAUUAGUGCCACAAAUGCCUAUUCUUAUAGUGACAGUGACUGAUGCAGAUUUGUUUGAAUCAAAUAAAUUUAUGUUCAAAAUAAUUGAUGCCGAUCAGAGCGGACUUUCUGUCAUUAGUUACCGAAUAGACAGGGAUUCAGACAAAAGGAAACAAUUCUCAAUCGAUUCCAACGGAAUCAUACGAUUGGAGAGAAGUCUGGAUCGCGAGAAGCAGUCGACACAUAAACUGGUCAUUUGGGCCACAGAUGACGGAAUGCCUGCCAAGUCGUCGACCGCAACACUAGUCAUAACUGUCGACGACGUGAACGAUAACGCGCCGACACUUAUAAACGACUACUUGAGUACAAUUCUGGAGAAUUCUUUACCACAAAGAAUCGGUGAAAUAUUUGCCACUGAUUUGGAUGACCCGUCCAAAGGAAAUGGUCCGCCAUUUACCUUCAAAUUAGAUCCAAAAGCCUCGGAUGUGAUUCGCGAAGGCUUUAAAGUACAAUACGACCCGAACGGAGAGGGAAAGGCUAUUAUAUACUCGCGGACGACGUUUGACAGAGAGGUAGAGAAGGAAUAUCUGUUACCCAUUGUUGUCAAAGACAAUGGAUUUCCGGCGCAAACGGCGACCACUACUCUGACAGUUGUUAUCGGAGAUGUGAACGACAACCACAUGAGGAACGGGUGGAAAAGGAUUACAGUUUUCUAUAUUAAAAAUAGUGAUUCGAAGAGAAGACAAAUGACUCAAAUAGGAAGAGUGAAUGUGGACGACGAGGACGACUGGGAUGUAACAGAUAAGACAUUCUUCUGGUUCGACCACAAACCUGAAGCCAACUUUGAUUUAGACUCCAAGACUGGUGUAAUAAGUAUGAAAAAUGUGACGAAAGGUGAUUAUGAACUCAAGUUUACGGUAUUUGACCAACACUUCCGACAAGAAGUUCAGUCCAAAGUCUGGAUAAAAGUGAAGGAACUUCUAAGAGAAGAAGUUCUUAACUCAGGAUCCAUAAGAAUAUCCGGAAUAACAGCUCUUGAGUUCAUUUCUGUUUGGAAUUGGAAAACAAGACAACAAAUCAAAAGUCUUUACGAAAGGAUGAGAGACUCCAUCAGACGAGUCAUCAGAUGCGAUGAAAUUGAAAUCUUUAGUCUUAUUGAGAGACAGGAGAAGCCUCUGAUUAUUGACGUCAGAUAUUAUGCAAAAAGAAAUUCAUUGAUUCUGUCGUCAGUUUUCCUCAAUUCAGUGAUUCUCCAGAAUAGAGGGAUACUUGAGAACGAGUUAGAGUUGAAUAUCACACAAAUUGGUAUAAAUGAGUGUCUGGGCGAAGAGGGCCAUCAAUGCGAGUCAAUGAGCUGUACGACAGACCACGUAUUGGAUGAGUUGAGCCCUAUUCUCACAAAUGGGAACUACACUUCUUUAGUGGGAAUUAACUUAAAAACAAAAGCCGAUUGUGUCUGCAAUUACGAUGAAAAGCGAGACAGAAAGGAGUCGUGCGCUGACCACCAGUGCCUUAAUGGUGGCACUUGUGUUCAGUCAGACCAUUCAAAUUAUGUCAGAUGUGACUGUCCUCACGAUAUGGAUGGGCCGGAGUGUCAGAUGAGAAGUCGAUCGUUCACUGGCCAGGGAUGGCUUUGGUUGGAAGGCUUUUCCCAGUGCAGUGAAUCGCAUAUUAGUCUACAAUUCAUGACACAAAUGGCAAACGGACUCAUCUUCUACUUCGGACCCAUAGCCCCGCCAUCAGAGAGCAAUCGAUUCCACAAAAUAACCACUGAUUUCAUGUCUCUUGAGUUGAGAAACGGAAGGGCUCGACUACUCUAUGAUUUCGGUUCGGGCGCUGAAGAACUUGUGGUUCAAAGUCCUCAUCCGCUAAAUAACGGCGAAUGGCAUACAAUUGAUAUCAUAUUUGACACCCAAUCCAUCGGAGGGGUAUCUCAUCAUUCAUUGGAUAAGUACUACAAUUGGCAAUACCAACACACCACCAUUGGAUUCAAUGGUUGCAUCAAGAACAUUGUUCACAACGGAUUCCUAUACGACAUGAAUAAUGUUCCCCAUUCUGUGAAUACAGUGGUCGGAUGUCCGACCGGUGUUUCGACGUGUAAUUUACUGUCCAAGUCGUGCGAAAACGGAUUCUGCGAGGGCUCGUACAAUAUAGCCCGGUGUGUAUGUAGGCCCGGGUGGCACGGAUUCAAUUGCCAUCAGCCCACUCAGCCCAAGAUGUUUAAAGCCAGAAGUUUUGUCAGAUUGAGUCUGGCGUUUGACUUGAAUCCAUUCGCGACAUCGAUAUCACUGCGAUUUCGUAGCCGUCAAUCGCACGCAGAACUGAUCCGAUUAUCAAAUAGAGAUCGCAAACAGUACUGUCUCUUAGAAAUCCGUGACUCCAAGAUUAGAUUCCGUUAUAAUAUGAAUCGUAUGCACGGAAUGGAUGAGAAAGAAUUGACACUCAAUUGGGUUCAUGUGAGCGAUGGUCACUGGCAUGACAUACAUAUCACCCGAUUUGGCGGAUCAGCGAUUAUGGCGCUCGACGGCGGGGGUGUUCAGAGGAUUACCACAGUUAUGGACUUUAAUAGUACGGAUCAACUUCUAAACUAUGACAGGAGUAGUCUUGUCGUUGGCGGUGAUGUUCACUAUCUGGGUGUUGGAGCCACUGUUGUGGACAAUGACUUUGCUGAUGGUUGUAUUAAUGACAUACGCAUUGAUGGACACUAUAUAUCGUUGGAGAACUCAUCAGAUAUAUCAUCAAUAGUGGAGGGAAGACAUGUGAUCGAUGGAUGUCUUUCCAACAAUCCAUGUCAGACCAUCUCUUGUCAGCAGCCAUUCGUUUGCAUUGAUUUAUGGCUUAAGCAUAAGUGCAGUUGUCCGAAAGGUUACAGAAUGACAGCCGACGCCACCAAUUGUACGAAAGAUACUCAAUGCGCGCGAAACGCCUGUAAUGGCAAAUGCGGCACUCAUUCCGAUGACCCGGCACUCAGCUACCAGUGCCAGUGUCCACACAAUGACUGCACAGACUUGUCUGAAACCUACUUCAGGCUCAACACGACAGCCAUCGCUGCUAUUACUUUGUGUGCUAUCAAUAUUCCGCUUUCUGUCAAAAUGAUAGCACCGAACCAUUUGGCGGAUAUAAUCAGGGACCAUUUGGAUAAAAAUGACUCCGAAUGUAUGGCUAACGACGAGCUCCACAAGUAAUCAU